AAUCAAGGAGUGCCUCUGUUCACAAAGGGAUAGCACAACAUUCAGUUGAAAAUCCGCACUGAAGCAAUGGUCUAGCUGGAGUUACUCACACUAAAGCUUUGAUUUAAGAUGGCCCUGGUCUGUUUGUCAGACUUUGAGGCAUAUGCUAAGAAGCAUCUCCCCAAAGAUGCCUGGGAUUUCGUUGCAGCUGGCGCUGAUGAAUGCAGUACCCUGGAAGAAAACCUCAAGGCAUUCAAAAGGAUUCGUUUUCGCCCACGUGUUCUGCGUGACAUGUCUGCAGUGGAUACAAGGACCACAAUCCUUGGCACUGAAAUCAGCUUCCCUGUGGGAAUCGCUCCCACCGGCUUCCAUAGGUUGGUUUGGCCAGAUGGAGAGCUGAGCACAGCUAGAGCGGCAGAAGCUAUGAAUACAUGCUACAUUGCCAGCUCCUACUCCUCUUGCUCCGUGGAUGAGAUUGCUGCUGCUGCGCCUGCUGCUCUUCAGUGGUUCCAGCUCUACAUCCACCGGGACAGAACCAUCUCGGAGCAACUGGUGCGAAGGGCAGAAGCAGCCGGUUUCCAGGCCCUGGUGCUCACAGUGGACGUGCCCUGCACGGGCAAGAGGCGCGACGACAUCCGCAACAACUUCCGGUUCUUGUCUGCCGUUAAGCCGAAGAACUAUGAAGGAGCCUUCGAGGGUGAAGACUGUUCAGAGUAUGGGGUGCCUCCUGGCAGCAUAGACCCCUCUGUCACUUGGAACGAUAUCUCCUGGCUACGGAGUGUGACAGGCCUACCUCUCAUCAUCAAGGGAAUUCUGACAAAGGAAGAUGCAGAGCUGGCCAUGAGCCAUGGAGUUCAAGGGAUUAUUGUGUCCAACCAUGGAGGAAGACAGCUGGAUGGGGCACCUGCAAGUAUUGAUGCCCUUGUUGAAAUUGUAGCCACAGUCCAAAACAAAACUGACGUUUAUUUGGAUGGAGGGAUACGGACAGGAAGUGAUGUAUUGAAAGCUCUGGCACUCGGGGCAAAAUGCGUCUUCGUCGGAAGGCCUGCUAUAUGGGGUCUGGCCUAUAAGGGCGAAGAAGGACUUCGGAAAGUUUUGGAGAUUUUAAAAGAGGAACUUCGUUUGUCGAUGGCUCUUGCUGGCUGUAGAAAUGUCUCGGAGAUUGGCCGCCACGUUGUUCAAUAUUCCAAGUUGUGAAGAACCCUCCUGCCUUGUUCAUCAGUUCCAAGAAGUGACUACAGCCCUGGACAAGCAUGCUCAGAGCAACCGGAAAGAACAAAUCAGCUGCAUAUCAGAAACGCGCACCCCCCCUCCCCCAAUCAAUCUCUGGUAACGUUACAGCCCCCUAUAUGUUUGUGGGAAGUACAGGAGGAGGCAGUCCUUCAAAUACCCUGGUCCCAAAAGUGACAACUAGCACCAUCCGUUGGGCCUAGAGGGAAAUAAGGGGCCAAUGCAGUUUAUGCAGUGAUGGGGCUGUUUGGUCACGUGACAACGGAUGAAAGGAUCUGGCAAUUUCCCUCCUCUCUGUUUCUCAUUUUUCCAAUCUUAAAUUCAGUUUUACACAUUUCUGCAGCAAUCUGCAAUUAAAAAAUAAAUAAAUCAUCCAUGACAAUUCAACAGCAUUUAAGGUCAAUUCCUCCUAAUAAACACAUCUUUGUUUGAAGUUCUUACCAAUGUAUGCAUUUUGCAAGCAGUUUCCCUUAAGGUAAUAUGUUAAUUUUUACUAUUAUAUUCAUUUGUAGGCAAACUUUCCUUUUCACACUUACCUUUGAACCAUCAGAAU